AUGAAGUCCUCCAUCAUCUCCGCCUUGGCUCUGGCCGCUGGUGCCCUUGCCGCCCCGUCUGCAAAGAUCGAAUCCAACCUUGAGAAGCGCAACCCUAGCGGAUCGUUCAGUCUGUAUGCCUGGGGUGUCGCCGCUUCCGGUCUCAAGUUCUUCUAUUCCGAUGGUCUCGCCUACGCCGGCGACUCAUCUCUCUGGCCCUAUGGAUCCGUCACCACCGACGUCACCUUCGUCAUCACCGACACCGAAUUAAUUACCACCGCCACCACCGACGGCGUCACCCUCGACUCCGACACCCUGUUCUAUAUCCGUCCCACGGCCGACGAGAUCCUGCCUGUUGGUUUCACCGGCAACGGAAUCGAUACGCCUUCUGAUGCCGUCACUGAUAACUUCCUCUUCUAUGCCUCUUAUCUCAUGUGGGAGGAGUCGUCUGGCGAGUUGAGUGAUGUGUUCCGUCUCAAGGAGACCAAUGUCACCGAUGUUUACCAGGUGUAUUGGGAUACGUCGAGCUUGGAUGAGAGUGGGUAUUAUUAUCCCACUGUCAAGGAUACGGCGCCUUCUAGUUAG